AUGCUCCUACUUCCGUGCGCUGAAAACCUGCAAAAUCGUGAACAACGGAUCGUGUUCAUCGACACAGAGCAGUGGCGAAUAAUGCGAGAAUGUUGGAGAAGCAGAAUUAAUCAUAUCCUUGCCAGUGAUUUGCUGCCCAUAAGAAGAAUACGUUGCCGUUUGGGUCGCAUCCAGUCGGUCCCAAAGGCUGAACUAAUCCCGCUCCUGGACACAUUCCCUAUUCUCUUGCAAAUCUUCUUCAAGAAGAACAAAAAUGAAAGUGAGAUGUUGGUUGUCGUUAUUAAAAGGGAAUUUGAAUGCUACCAGUUUCAGUGGAAAAGAAUUGAAGAUUCUAACGCCUUUCAAUAG